UUGCGUUCAGAGGAAAAAAUACAUACACAGUGUUUAAAAUAUUUGUAUGUGCGUGAGUUUAUGCGAACGACAAAUACACCCAGUUUGGGAAAGACCCAUAAUCGUUUUAGUCCCAACUUCACGACAGUGAACGUGAGAUCACGAGUUAGCAUAUAGUUGUUACCUGUUUACUAUUGAAACGAUUCAUUUGUGACACCAACACAAUGUUGUCGGAUUUUGAUCUUAUUGGAACGAUCAGUGACAACGAGGACGUACCGGAGGACCCUGAUUCUGCGUCGGACGACGAAACGGAGCAGCCGAUACUAUUGGGCAAAGAGAAAAAAGCGCUGAAGCGUCUAGGCCGCGGAGACUUCAGCGCCGAUUUUGAGUUUGGAGAGAAAGAUGGACUUAACAGUGGAGACUGGGCUAUGGCUGAUGUUAUGGCUCAGCUGAAGAAGAGGAGAGCACCCACCACAUUGGAUGAGAAGAUUGAGAAAAUUCGCAAAAAACGCAAAACUGAAGAGAAGGCACAGAAAGAAGGCACGAAACCAGAAAUAUCAGUGACAAAGGUGAAGGACGAUGAAGACGAUGAUGACGCAAACCAUGAAGAGGAAGAUGAAGCCGACAGUGAGGAGGAGGAAAAGGAUGGAGGCAGUGAUGCCUCAGAGGAGGAUGAUGAUGAUGAUGAUGAUGGCAUGGAGUUUUCAUCUGGAGAUGAAGAAGUCCUUAAAAAAGCAGAUACUCUGAGGGAGAAAGCCAAGAAGGGAAAGACGACGACUGGAGAAGAGGUUCCAGAGGCCUUCUUUGAGGAUGCCUCUCACUAUGAUGAGAGUCUCACUUUCCAGGACAUGAAUCUGUCCAGACCACUCCUCAAAGCCAUCACUGCUAUGGGAUUUAAACAGCCGACACCCAUUCAGAAGGCCUGUGUGCCAGUGGGGUUGCUGGGGAAAGAUAUUUGUGCCUGCGCUGCCACGGGAACGGGUAAAACUGCAGCGUUCAUGCUGCCUGUCCUGGAGCGUCUCAUCUAUAAGCCACGGGAGACUCAGGUGACCCGUGUGCUGGUUCUGGUGCCAACCCGUGAGCUGGGCAUUCAGGUACACUCAGUGGCACGACAGUUGGCACAGUUCACCAACAUCACCACCUGCCUGGCUGUUGGUGGGCUGGACCUGAAGUCACAGGAGGCGGCGCUGAGAGCGGGGCCUGAUGUUCUGAUUGCCACGCCCGGACGUUUGAUUGAUCACUUACACAAUACGCCUUCCUUUGAGCUCAGCCAAAUUGAGAUUCUCAUUCUGGAUGAAGCUGACAGGAUGUUGGAUGAAUACUUUGAGGAGCAGAUGAAGGAGAUUAUAAGAAUGUGCUCCUAUCAGAGACAGACAAUGCUUUUCUCUGCCACUAUGAGUGAAGAGGUGAAAGACUUGGCGUCAGUCUCUCUGAAGCAGCCAGUGAGGAUCUUUGUCAACAGUAACACAGACGUGGCCCCAUACCUCAGACAGGAGUUUGUGAGGAUUCGACCGGCCAGAGAGGGGGACAGGGAGGCCAUCGUGGCAGCUUUGCUGACCAGGACGUUCCAGGACCAUGUCAUGCUCUUCACCCAGACAAAGAAGCAGGCCCACCGCAUGCACAUCCUGCUGGGCCUGAUGGGCCUGAAGGUGGGAGAGCUCCACGGUAACCUGUCUCAGACCCAGAGACUGGAGAGCCUCAGGCGGUUUAAAGAUGAACAGAUUGACAUCUUGGUGGCCACAGAUGUAGCAGCCAGAGGUUUGGAUAUAGAGGGAGUCAAAACAGUCAUAAACUUCACGAUGCCAAACACGGUAAAGCACUACGUCCACAGGGUUGGGCGAACGGCUCGGGCAGGGAAGGUGGGCCGCUCUGUGUCUCUGGUCGGCGAAUCGGAGAGGAAGAUGCUGAAAGAGAUUGUUAAGAAAGCCAAGACCCCUGUCAAAGCCAGAGUUAUACCUCAAGAGGUGAUCCUGAAGUUCAGAGACCUGAUAGAGAAACUGGAGAGAGAUGUGUAUGCUGUGAUGCGAUUGGAGAAAGAGGAGAGAGAGAUGGUCCACUCUGAAGCCCAGAUCAACGCAGCCCAAAACAAACUCACACAGAGCACAGACGAGAAACAACCUCCAAGAACCUGGUUUCAAACGAACGCAGAGCGUAAAAAAGAUCGAAUGACUAAAGCUCUACAGGAGUUUGACUUGGCCCUGAGAGGAAAGAAGAAACGGGCCCAGUUCCUGAUGCAAGGCAAAAAGAAAGAACUAACGGCUGAGGAAAGAGCACAGUUUGAGCUUCUGAAGUCUCAGAUGUAUGCAGAGCGCGCAGCCAAGCGUGAGCGUAAACACAAACGAGCUCGGGCCAUGCCGGAGGAAGAGCCCGUGAAGAAAGGACCAAAGCAGAAUGCUGGUAAACCUGGAAAGAAGUCUGUGUUUGACAAGGAGCUGACCAAUACCAGCAGAAAGGCACUGAAACAGUACAGGGCAGGGCCCUCUUUUGAGGACAGAAAGAGACUGGGACUCCCAAACAAGAAAGGAGGCCGGUUCAAGUCAAAAGCAAAGUACAGAAGAAAAUGAAGCGGUGCUAGAUUUAAAUUUUUACAAGACUGUUUAAUCUGAGAAUUAUCAACAUGCCAGGCACAGUGGUUCUAAAUCUUCUGAGUGGAGAUGAAUAAUCUUCAAUGUUAAGUUUGUUCCUUGAAUAAAAUAUUACCUCAGCCAUUCAUCUGGUGAUGAUAACUGUUUGACUGUUUGAACCGUGCUUUUUGAAGCUGAAUGCCCAGGAUGUGGAAGAGGACAGUGUCUUGUUCAUGAGAAGUCUGCUUCAUCUGACAGUGUGUAAACUUUUCAGAUUACUUUCAAAAGAGGAGUAUGAAAACUGACCUCAGAUUUCAUGUGUUUAAAAAUGUUAACUUGGAUACU